AUGGCCACAUGCCCCAUUCAUGUCGAGUAUAAGGGCCGGCUGGCCAUCAUCACCAUUGACAACCCAAAGAAACUCAAUGCGCUCGACCAGUCCGGGUACUACGACCUCGCCACGGCGCUGAAUGAGAUCGCCACGCACGACGAAGUCUUCAUCACCCUCAUUAUUGGCAAGGGCCGUUUUUUCUCAGCCGGAGCCGACGUCUCCCUCUCGCGCCCCAGCCCGUCCCAGCUCCAAGCCCAAUCCGAGUCGCCGCACCGCUUCUGGCUGCAAUCCUUCGCCGCCUUCAACCUCAACAUCACCCGCGCCUUCUACACUCACCCCAAGAUCCUCGUCGUCGGCCUCAACGGGCCGGUGAUCGGUCUCUCGGCCGCCCUCAUCUCCUUCGCCGACUUCAUCUACGCCGCCCCGCACGCCUUCUUGCUCACGCCCUUCAGCUCGCUCGGGCUCGUGUCCGAGGGCGCGGCCUCGCGCGCGCUGGUGCAGAGGCUAGGCAUUGCCAGGGCCAACGAGGCGCUCAUCAUGAGCCAGAAAAUUGCGUGCGACGAGCUGGUGGCUGCCGGGUUCGUGAACAAGGUAUUUGGGGAGGUGGGCAAGGACGAUGAGGAUGAGAAAUUCAGGGAGUUGGUGCUGCGCGAGAUUGACGAGAGGCUCGGGGAGCAUCUAGUGGGGGAGAGCUUGCUGGGGAUCAAGAAACUCAUUCGGAAGCCCGAGAUGGACGUCAUGGAGGCGCAGAAUGUCGCUGAGGUGUUCGCGGGCGUGGAUCGGUUCGUCAGUGGGGUGCCGCAGGGCGAGUUCUUGAAGAUCGCCACGGGCAAGAAGAGGCAUAAGCUGUGAAUUGUAGGAUUUGUUUACCCUCAAUGUAUUUUGUGGCAUUCUUUUUCCAUGGCUUGUCUUGUGGUGAUACCUCAGACCAAUUCGGAUAUUAUGUCAACAACCCAAACAGC